CCGUCAGUCAUGAGUCAGUGUCAGGGAGUUUAUUGACAGGUCAUUGGAGAGGUCAAGAGUCAAGAAAAGUAAUUUUAACACACAUUUUUGUCCAUUUCUCUAAUGUAGAAAGAAAGGCUCUUUAUGUUCUGGAUCGAUUCCAGAGAUAUUUGUUCCGAUUAUUUAUAUAUAUUUGUGAAGUGUUUACUGCCAAAAGUGAAAAUGGCUGGAGCGAGUGAUCGUCACCCAUAUCCCAACAAUGAUACAAGCAGCGAUACUGAAGACUACACAGAUGACCGCAGGAGAAGGGUUUUCAAGAAUAGAAUGAGUUAUGGAUCACUGUCCAAGCCGAAAUCGUGCCUUGUCCAACGCUCUAUGUCCCUCUUGGAAUCCCGAUGCCAUUCUUUAGCUACUCCCAAGCAACCGCGCACUAGGUCCAGAGCAGUCCUACAACCAACGAACCCGAAGAGUCAAUGUUCUCCCCAACCGAACAGUGGAAUAGUGACUGCCGAAGACAGGGUCACUUUAGUGGUGGAUAAUACUAGGUUCGUCGUAGAUCCAAUGAUAUUUACAGCCCAUCCAAACACCAUGCUCGGGAGGAUGUUCAGCUCUUCGUUGGAAUUCACCCAUACUAAUGAAAGAGGCGAGUACGAAGUUGCUGAUGGUAUUCCUGCUUCUGUGUUUAGGGCUAUCUUGGAAUAUUAUAAAGGAGGUCUGAUUAAGUGCCCACCGUCGGUUUCUGUGCAGGAGCUGCGAGAAGCCUGUGAUUAUUUACUAGUACCAUUCGAUGCUAACACUGUUAAAUGCCAAAACUUACGUGGACUGUUACAUGAGCUAUCCAAUGAAGGAGCCAGAUGCCAAUUCGAAGUCUUUCUCGAAAAACUCAUACUGCCUUUGAUGGUAAACUCUGCCCAGAGGGGCGAUAGGGAAUGCCACAUCGUGGUACUGCUGGAUGACGAUUCCGUAGACUGGGACGAGGAAUACCCACCGCAGAUGGGCGAAGAAUAUAGCCAGACAGUCAAUAGCACCGCGAUGUAUAGGUUCUUUAAGUAUAUAGAGAACAGAGAUGUGGCUAAGCAGGUGUUGAAGGAUAGAGGAUUGAAGAAAAUACGGCUUGGAAUAGAAGGAUAUCCAACUUACAAAGAGAAAGUAAAAAAGCGCCCAGGCGGAAGGGCCGAAGUGAUAUACAACUACGUUCAACGCCCCUUCAUCCACAUGUCCUGGGAAAAAGAAGAAGCCAAGAGCCGACACGUCGACUUCCAGUGCGUCAAAUCUAAAAGCGUCACGAAUCUUGCAGAAGCCACCGCAGACCCGGCUUUAGAGCUGGAUUCGCGAGGGAAUCCCAUAGUCUCGUCGAUGAUGGCAGCUAUCCCUGUGUUGCCGGCAGACCACGGCGACGUGCCCCUGAUGCCGGAAAACGAAGAAGGCGCUGUCGGGGGUUUACCCGAUAUCGAUAACGUAAAUAAUUUGCCGCCUGACGAGCCGAAUUUGUAAGAAAGUCGAAAGGUUUUAUUUAUAGGAUUGUUAUAUAGUUGCUGAGUUAUAUUAUUUACCUGUAAGUCGCAAAGUUUGGUGUAAAUUUUUAGUAAAACUCGAUAAAAAUAUAUUUUAGAAUUCAAGAGUAGAGAUAAGAAUAUAGAGUAAUCUUUGAGAUUCGGAUCACCGUUUCCGGCUCACUUAAGAUAAUCGGAUCAUGGGUCCCGUUGGAUGAACAGAGAUCAUUUAUGCAAAAUGCAAACCAAAUUUAUAAUUUUAUAGGUAUAAUUAUCAGUAAUUUCAUAGCUCAGAUUGUCUUCAAAGGAACAAGACCACAAAACCAGUCAGUAACAAAAGUCGGUUGUUACUGACUCGUGACCCGUUAAAUUUAAUUUUGAGAUUAGGAUCAGUUGGAUUUUUCUAAGCUCUUUGACUAGGGUCAGUUCUGACUUGCCUGUUUCUAUUCAAGAAUGCUUACGUCCUUUUGAAUACUUUUAAAUUUCUUCAUUUCUCCUCCAGAUAGGUUUGCAAUAUGGGUUAGUGCUUUUACAGCACUCAGAGGUUAGCAACUGCGAAACUAUGUAAAGAGUCACUCAAUGUUAGAUGUACUUUGGACUAUAAUGUUUGGAACAGUGUACUUUGGACUAUAAUGUUCGGUCAGAACUCUGUUUAAUUCCUCAAAUGCUUUUGAACUUGGUAGUUCCGGUGCUAAUAAGUCGUUUAAAACACUGUAAACUUCUCCACCAAUUAAAGUAAUCAAUACUGGAACUUCCUUGUGUUCUUUCACUACAUUAUAUAAAAACAACUGCCCAAGUCUCUCUAGAGACUUAAGAUAAGAGAUAAGAUCUGACAUCACUUUUAGCAGAAUCAAUCCAUCUGUUGCACAGAGUCUACCAUGCAGAAUUGUAAUUUUGUGCAGAAAAAUUUACACUUUGUAUAAUUUUCAAUGCAUCAUCUUUUAAACUCGCACGUAAAUAAUGAUAUUUUUGAAUAUCUGCCCAUAUUUUAUUAUUAUGAAUUAACCCCUCAAAAGUAUCUUUAAACUCAAUCCACUUUAAAUAGUCUCCAUCAAAAUGUGAUAUCAAUCUGUGGAAGAGUUUGCUGUGGAACUCUGAGGACCUCAUUGCCUUCUUUAUAUAGGAACAUGGAUAAAAAAAAGUUGUGACUGGCUAAUUGACACCCAGUCUAUGCCAUCAAAACAAAAAAAUCCUCCAAAUUUACAAUAUUGAGCAACUCUUUUUAGUUUUGACACAAAACUUCUAAUAUCCUACUGAGGCUCUUGAUAUGUGUUGUAAAAUGUAUACCUUUCAGCAAUAACUGACCGCUUUGGAUUAUAAUGUUCAGUCAGAACUCUGUUUAACUCCUAAUUAUUAGGAUUAACAUACUGUACACUCUGUAUCCGAUAUAUUCAUUGACGUGAGACUAGGACUCUCUCCUACCUGGAUUAUCAAUAGCUAACCAUUAUUUACAUAUUUAUUAAAAAGUUACAUCUGAUUUUGCGACUUCUGUUUUAAAUUAGCGAAUUGUAUAUUAUUUUAGAUAUGUUUUAUAAAACCGGUGGUUUCUUAACUAGUCAUCUUUGUUUAUUGUGUUAUAAUUCAAAGAAAUAUUUAACUACUUGACAACACUGCAAGGAUUACAAUACUAGGAGCAACGAUCAGAAAUAAGGGUCUUUUGAAAGACCAGGAUUAACAUCAGUUAAAAGUCCCGGAUUUCUGAUCAGUUGGAUCUUUAUUCAAACUGAGUUAGUUUUGUUCUUUCAAGCCUCAUAUUUCACGAACGUAUAGUUAUUCUCCGAAUUUUAACAAAUUUUGUUCACUUAUAUUUCCAUAUCGUAACGUUCUUUAAAUUUAAACGGUUCGAAUUUAUAUAAGACUAUUUAGAAGUUUACACUUCGAGAUUAUCUUAUUAACUGCCCUAAAGUAACAUCAUCUCUCUUUAUAUACAUAAAUGCUCCAUCCAUCUCUGGAAUGCUCCACCCAUCUCUAGUUCAUUGCGCUGGCUAAUUGUCCUUUCUGGAACUGUUAUACGGUGUAGAUUCGAAAUAACCUUUUUCGUUACAAAAUGUUGGUUUUGAAUUACCAGUUUUAUAAAUCAAAUCGUGAUUAUUAAACAUAAUGUGUAUACGUUUUGUUAUUAGUUGUUUGGGUAUAGACCGUCAUAUAAAACUUUCCGACAUCCUUUUCUUCGGUAUGUAAAUCUAUUUAAAGAAUGAUAUUUAUUGUAAACGAACUAUAUCGACAUUUUAUAAAAUGGUGUAUAUAAGGGCACAAAAUAAUUGUUAAGUGUGCAUUUUGGAGUUUUCGACUUUUGUAAAAUACUUCCCAAAAUAUUCUUCCUUCGAGUACCUCCCUAUAAAUGGAGCUUGAUGGUCACUAUGUGUCUGAUAACUGUUUGUUUUUGACCAUUCCACCCUUUUCCAGCGUUUCUUCAUCGUAAUAUCUGCCAUAUGUCUGGAAAUUGUUUCCCUUUAGUGUUUCCUAUCUAACUCAUUUGGAAAUUAAAUAAUGUACAGGGAAUUUCAUCAAAAUACCAAGUUUUAUUUUUUCCCACUUUGUGGGAGACCCUAUAUAUUUGAAAAUGUACAGGUUAUCAAGUUAUUUCUUAUUUAUUUCACUCUAGUGUUUCUAGACCGUGAUAUCUGUUGUUUAUCUGGAAAUUGAUUUUAGUUUUUCCUAUGUAACUUAUUUGUGGAAUUAAUAAUUUGAAAAAUUUACAACUUCUCAAAUAUAGCAAUAAGUCUGAGAUUUUGACGAAAAAUUUGUCAUUCUUUGGUUGUAAUGUAAAUCAUUCAAUCUUCCUAUGUUUACUGCUGAACACAGAUAUACCCAAUCAUUUUCUAUCCAUAUUUUAAAUUGACGCCAAUUAACACUGUAGUUCUUACAUCAAGUUUUUUAAAAUCCAUUACAGUGUUAUUUUAUUUAUACAGGGUGUUUCAUUGGGAAACGGAAAUACUUUAAUGGUGAAUAGAGGUCACCGAGGCCGUUCUAGGUAUACUAAAUUUUUUGCCCUACCGACUUUUAUGUCUGAGUUAGAAGGUGUUUUAUCGAUUUUGCUAAUUUCUUUCCAAAGCCAUAACUUUAGAAUCACCCUGUAUAUUUUUUUUAUAUUCGGUACACAUAUGUCUCAUUCAAAACCCAAACGACCGACAUACAAAUCACAAAAAAAAUCCAGGUCCGGAUUAACAAAAAAUUAUAAAGUAAUUGUGACCUUAAAACAACACCCUGUAUAUUGAAAUUUUGAAAAUCUGUUUUUAAAUUUGAAAAAAAGCACAAAAAACUAAGUCUAAUGGUUCGCUUCGAUUUUUCGGCCAGACAAUUUUUUGACUUUAAUUUUGAAAUUAUAUUGAAAUUUUUAAGAACUCAACAUUAAAAAGCAGGUAUUAUUAACUUAUAAUUAUAAAUUAAUAAAGUUAUUGAAUAAAUACUCAUUUUAAAAUGAAUCAAUACUUAUUUACCACAUUGGAAAGACCCAAUUAUUAAUUGCAAGAAAAAUCCAGGUCCGGAUUAACAAAAAAACAUAAAGUAAUUGUGACCUUGAAACAAAAACCUGUAUAUUGAAAUUUUCAAAAUUUGUUUGCACAUUUGAAAAGACCACAAAAAUCCGAGUUUAUCGGUUCACUUUGAUUUUUUGUGCAAAAAUUUAUUAACUUUAAUUUUGAAAUUAAAUAUAUUGAAAUUUUUAAGAACCCUGAAAUUAAUAAGCAGGAUUUUAAGCACUUUUAAUAAUAAAUCAUUCAAGUUAAUGAAUAAAUAUUAGUUUUAAAAAUAAUCAGUUAUUAUUUACUGCGUUAUAAGGACUCGCAUACUAAUCACAAGAAAAAUUCAGGUCCAUAUUAACAACAAAAUACAAAGUAAUUUUGACCUUGAAAAAACACCCUGUAUAUUGAAAUUUUUAAAAUACGUUUGCACGAAAGAGAGCACGAAAAACUAAGUUUAAUCUCCCGCUUUAAUUUUUUGUGCAGACAAUUUAAUGCCAUUACUUUUGAAAUUAUAUCGAAUUAUAUUAUGAGUUCCCAAAGUUCUUAAAAAUUUCGACAUAAUUUCAAAAUUAAAUUCAUUAAAUUGUCUGGCCAAAAAAUUGAAGCGAACGAUUAAACUUAGUUUUUUGUGCUUUUUUCAUACCUAUAUGCAAACGGAUUUUGAAAAUUUUAAUAUACAGGGUGUUGUUUCAAGGUUACAAUUACUUUAUAUUGUUUUGUUAAUCCGGACCUGGAUUUUUGUUGUGAUUUGUAGGUGGGUCGUUCGAAUGUCGUAAAUAAGUAAUAAUUAUUUUUAAAAUGGGUAUUUAUUUAAUGACUUUAAUAAUUUAUUGUUAGACGUGCUUUAAAAAUCUGCUUUUUUAAUUUCAGUAUUCUUAAAAGUAUCAAUAUAUUUAAUUUCAAAAUUAAAGUCAUUAAAUUUCCUUCACAAAAAAUUAAAGCAAACCGAUAAACUCAGAUUUUUGUGGUCUUUUAAAAUGUGCAAACAAAUUUUGAAAAUUUAAAUACACAGGGUGUUGUUUCAAGAUCACAAUUACUUUAUGUUUUUUUGUUAAUCCGGACCUGAAUUUUUCUUGUGAUUAAUAAUUGGGUCGUUCCAAUGUGGUAAAUAAGUAUUGAUUAAUUUUAAAAUGAGUAUUUAUUCAAUAGCUUUAAUAAUUUAUAAUUAAAAGUUAAUAAUACCUGCUUUUUAAUGUCAGAGUUCUUAAAAAAUUCAAUAUAAUUUCAAAAUUAAAGUCAUAAAAUUGUCUGACCGAAAAAUUGAAGCUAACGAUUAGACUUAGUUUUUUGUGCUCUUUUCAAAUAUGCAAACAGAUUUUCAGAAUUUCAAUAUACAGGGUGUUGUUUUAAGGUCACAAUUAUUUUAUAAUUUUUUGUUAAUAUGGACCUGGAUUUUUCUUGUGAUUAGUAUGUCGGUCGUUUAGAUUUUGGAUGAGACACAUGUGUACCAAAUAACAAAAAAAUAUACAGGGUGGUUCUAAAUUUAUGGCUUAGAAAAGAAAUUGGCAAAAUCGAUAAAACACCCUGUAACUCGGUUAUAAAAAUCGGUAGGGCAAAAACUGUAGUAUACCUAGAACCGCCUCGGUGACCUCUAUUCACAAUUAAAGUAUUUCCGUUUCCCAAUGAAACACCCUGUAUAGUUAUAUAGAUUGUUAUAUAUUUUUUACUUUAUUUCUACACACUAUUCUACACACAUUUCUACACGUUUGCUGUAUGGAACUUAAAUCCAACUGACACUUGACAGUUAUUGUCGAAACUGCUCAGUACUGCGCAUAGAGGCGUUUACAAAUAGACAUGUCAGACAUUUUGCUAUAUUUGACAAGUGUUACUAACAAAACUCGCUUCAACAGGUAGAACAUUUCUAUAGAUUAGUAAGAUUUAUUUUCCAAAAUCCUCUAACAUAUAUGUAAUCUUAAAAAUAUACAUUUGGGAAGUAUUCUUUGUUCCUUUGCGCAUCGUCACAGUUUCCUGUGUCCAGAAAUUCAGCAUCAAAACCCUUGAGACUGAGAUUUUAAAAUUUUUGUCCAUUGUUGCUCAUUCGUGUGUAUAAUUUAUUGAUUUUUCCGUAGCCGGGGACUUUUCCCCUUUUUACACAUUUUUCAUGUUGUGAAAAUAUGUUAAAAAUGUGCUGUUACACAUCAGAUAAAUAUUUUGGCUUAGAACAGUAAACACAAUGUAAUUGUUGACAUCUAUUGCAUUUUACUGUAGUUUAUUAAAAUUUAGAUUAUUUUUAAUUGUCUUCUUAAAUAAUAUAAACAUUGCAGAAUUAUUUAAUGAAUUUGUUUAAGUUGAAGAAUAAGAUAUAAGUAGAAGAGCUGCAAUCAUAACUUUUAGGUGGGUUUAAGACAUGCAAAUUAAAGAUCAAGUUUUUACGCGCCAUCCAAUUUGACGUUGACAUUUUCUCAGUGUUGCCAUAUUGUCGAGAUAGUAGAGAAUGUAGGGAAUUAUAAAAUGAAAAUAUUCUUAUGAAUUUUGAAGAAUUUGCAUUAUUAAAUACUACAAAACCGAUUAGUGCUUUUCAAAGCAUUGAUAAUAACUAAUGUUUUACGAUCUCCUAAAGCAGUAGUUAUACAGAGUGGGUCAAAGAAAAGAGUCCACCUCGAUAUUUGGCAGUAUUUAUCAGAUUUUAAGGAAAUACAAAAACAGGUCAAUUUUUUAUCUAAGGGGGACACAUUUUUAUGGUACAGAUAACUGUCAUUUGUCAACCCCCUCCCUUCCACUUCCCCCACCCCUUAUUUUUAAAUAGGGAAUAGGGGUCGUGUCCUAGCUCAUUUGAAAGGUUAUUCAAUUCUCUAUUCAGUAAUAUUAACCUUUACAUAAUCAUUUACACAGGGUGUCCAAGAAAAAUUAUUUUGAAUUAAAUUAAUUGACAAAAAAAGAAGAAUGUAUGUAAUUUAUUUAACUCAGAAUACAUUCUACUGCGGACAGAACACAGAAAAAAAUUUUUUUUUGAUAAAUAUAAACAUUGUUUGUUGCUUAAAUUCAAUAUUCAACCUACCAAGUGGCAGAUGGGUGGCAGCUUGAACAUUGAAAUUAAGCGAAAAGCAAUGUCUAUUUAUAAAAAAAAAAAAAAAAAAUUUUCUAUUUUGUGACAGCAGUAGAAUGUAUUUUGAAUUAAAAUAAAUUACAUACAUUCUUCUUUUUGUGUCAAUUAAUUUAAUAAAAAUAUUUUUUUCUUGGACACCCUAUAUAAAUAAUUAUGUUAAUGUUUAAAUUACCGAAUAGAGAAUUGAAUAACCUUUCAAAUGAACUGGCACACGACCCCUAUUCCCUAUUUAAAAAAAGGGGUGGGGGAAGUGGAAGGGGUUCACAAAUGACAGAUGCAUGUACCGUAAAAAUGUGUACCCCUUAGAUCAAAAAUUGACCUGUUUUUUUAUUUCCUUAAAAUCUAAUAAAUACUGCCAAAUAUCGAGGUGGACUCUUUUGUUUUGGCCCACGCGGUAUAUAUUUUAGGUAAUAAAUUUAAAACUAAAAUAAUUGAUUAUUAUAAUUCAAAAAGCAGUAGUGUACAAUAAAGUUGCUUAUUAAAGAUUAUUAUUCCUUAUUUUCUUAUAAAACUGUUGCACGUUAGACAAUGUUGACAUUGAUAUUUUGCACAGCGUUGCCAUAUCGUCGAGAUAGUAGGGAAUGUAGGGAAUUAUGAAAUGGAAACAUUGUUAUGCAGUCUGAAGAAUUUGUGUUAUUAGAUAUAACUACUUAACAAAAUACUGAUUAAUAACUAAUUUUUUGCGAUCUCCUAAAGCUAUAGUGAUAUUUAUUAAUAAAUUUUACAUAAUAAAUUUAAAACUAAAAUAACGAAUUAUUAUAAUUCAAAAAACAAUAAAGUUAGUUGUACUGUAACAAUGAAGUGCAACAUGUUUUUGAUAACGUGCAACGGCAAAGGAAGUAAUAUUAUUUGACCAUAUUUAUGUAUGAUUGUGAUCUAUAAAAGUAAUUUUUAUUGCUUCAAUUUUGUCUAGACGAAAUAUUUAAAGUGUUCAGGUACAUUUUGGAGAAGGUAGUCUUUUUCUGAUGUGUGACAGAACAAUAAUAUUUAACGUGUACUGAAAUCACAUAAUACAUCUUAUUUCCAAAGCAGCUGUUGGUUAAAAAAAUGUAUAGAAUUAUUGGUAAGAAUCUCUUUGCGUUUGGAAGGACGUAUUGUGUGGGCUCAGUGCUCUUAAAUUUUUGUGUAUAUUUGCUUUUGUACCAUUAUAGCCUAGGAUUUUAUACUUGUUUUAUUAUAAAAUGCAAAUAUAUAUUAUCAAUGUA